UCCUAGACACACCUUCUCUCUCACUCCAAACUUCCAGUCCAAAGUGUUUACUUGUUAUCUAGAUUUUCAUCUCCAAGUUGUAAAGAUCAUGGGUGUUGUAUCUCUAACUGAUGAGUUCACUAGCCCCGUCCCGGCAGGAAAGCUGUUCAAGGCCUUGAUCCUUGAUGCUGACAACCUCUUCCCCAAGCUCAUGCCCCAGGCCAUCAAGAGUAUCGAGACAGUUGAAGGCUAUGGAGGGCCUGGAACCAUUAAGAAGCUGACCUUUGCAGAAGGUACAGACAUCAAGUACGUGAAGCAUAGGAUCGAUGAAGUAGAUGAAGAGAAAUUAACAUAUAGUUACACGUUGAUUGAGGGUGAUGAUUUGCUGGACAAGAUCAAAUCAGUUUCUUAUGAGAUUAAGUUUGAGGCCACUCCUGAUGGGGGAUGCAAAGGUACAAAUGUCAGCAAGUAUCAUCCAAAACCAGGGGUCCAGAUCGAUGAAGAUGAAGUGAAGGCAGGCAAACAAAAGGCCAUGGCUGUUUACAAGGCUGUGGAAGCAUAUCUCUUGGCCAAUCCUGAAGCCUAUGCUUAAUUUUUCAAUAUCUUUCAUGAUUAUCAUAUAUACAUGAUCACCAUCAUGCAUGUGUUGCUUAAGUAGUACUGUGAUUUCCAUAUCUGUUUUUGCUUUGUGGCCCCA